GCACUUCCGGCGACGCCUUUGUAAUUGACAAUCUCUGUGCUCUGCAGAUCCAGCAAAGCACAGCUGACCCCAUCAAGAGUCCGGAGAGCCUCCAGCCAGCCCGGCCACCAAGCGACUAGAUCAGCCCAGAGAGCGCAGCGUCAUGGAAGGCCAAGGCAAGGUAAAGAGGCCGAAGGCCUACAUGCUCAGGCACAACAGGCGGCGCCGUCGGCGGAACCCCAUCCCGUUUCCAGAGCUGUUUGAUGGCGAGAUGGACAAGCUCCCGGAGUUCAUCGUGCAGACCGGCUCCUACAUGUUGGUGGACGACAGGACCUUCGACACCGACGAGCUCAAGGUGACGUUCCUCAUCACCCGCCUCAAGGGCCGGGCCCUGCAGUGGGUGAUCCCCUACAUCAAGAUCGACAGCCCCCUGCUCAAUGAUUACAACGGCUUCCUGAAUGAGAUGAAGCGGGUGUUCGGGUGGGAGGAGGAUGAGGACUUCUAGGCCUCUGGCAAGCCUGGCCUGGGGUUGGGGCUCCGGGAGGGUGGGCUGCUGCUGUGUUGUCCUGUGGCUGCAGCCGGGGUCGCCGAGUGCGCCCUCCCCCCGGGCCCCCCUCCUACCCCGAGAACUCCCCCACCUCCCGCGCCCGCCCUGCCUGGAGAUCUCGCAUGCGCGCGCCCCUGUCUCCUCCUGUGUCCUAGCCUUUGUUCCAGGAAUAGCUCCCCAGGCCCCUGCUGCUGUCCCUGCUGGGCCUGGCUCUGGAGAGCACAAGGCCUCCCACUGUUGACAGCUCAGCCCAUCCCUGGCAGGUUUGGACACUGUCCCAGGCUCCAGCUGCAAGAUGGGCUCCUGUCACCUAAUGGACAGAUCACCUGCCACCUGAUGGACAUGUCAUGCUGUCCACUGCUUUCUAUCUGGUGGACAGACUGCAAGCUUCUGCCCAUAAGGCCUGUGCUGACGCUGCCAUUUCAAGCCCCUGCACAACCCAUCUGUGGACUGGCUGCUGCCCUUAACUGAUCCGGACUCACCUGGGAGGUACCUGGGCUGCCCACGGCCCAUGGACAUUGAUUCACCUUCAGCGGGACCCUUCCCCUCCCUGCUCCCAGAAACCUGCUGUCUCCCAUUUUGUCUUGUGGACUAGCUGGUUUUCCUGAGAAACCAGCUUGCAGCUCUUUCUCUGAUGUGUAUGCCUUUUCCAACACAGUAGCCCCUGUGCUCUUUCCUUCUUGUCUGCUCUACCUGUACAGAAGCCUUUUCCUCACGUUGAAUAAACAUCAGAUGCUAUUUAAAAGGAAA